AUGAGAAAAAUGAACAGCAAUAAUAUUAGUGGGAAAAGGUUCCUUGGAGUGAGACAAAGGCCAUCAGGAAGAUGGGUUGCUGAGAUCAAGGACUCUUCACAGAAGCUGAGGUUGUGGUUAGGGACUUUUGAUAGAGCAGAGGAGGCUGCAUUGGCUUAUGAUAAGGCUGCUAGGCUUCUAAGAGGAAGGAAUGCAAAGACCAACUUUCCAUGUCACAUCAUGAAUACUCAUGAAGAAAAUUGCAGCAUCUUGAGAAAGAAUCCGAGGCUUUAUCAGCUCCUUCAGCAUGCAAUCAUGAAGAACCAUGCAAUUGCAAGAUCCUCGUCUACGAAGAUUAAUCCAUGGGAUCGAAACCAAAUCAGAGGAAUCGAUUUCGAUACACUUGUUGAAGAAACAAUAGUUUGUUCUUCAAGUGGUAAUACCUCUGGUCAAGAUCAUGAUGAUCAUGAGGAUAGAAAUAAGCUUUGUGCACUUUCAUUUGGUAGUUGUAAAGUUUAUUCCUCUGUUGUUGUAGCUCCUUCUUUCAGUGCUUCUUCUCAAACUCAAUGUCAACAGGCGCAUGAAGAAAAAGGUUAUCAAGAGGCUUAA